AUGGCUCGAUGUACGAAACUUCUGGGUAUCGGUGCGUCACGGUUGUCUGAAUUUUCUGCUCACUUCCAGGUAGGCAUACGUCAUGCCACUUAUAUGAUAGAGCUGGAUCAGCUGAGCAGGAGGAUGUCGAGCAGCAUGUCGAUUCGGGGAAGGUCGUCCAUGGGUCUGGUGUAUCUCACGCAUUUCCAUCAGAAUCAAGGGAAUGAGAGGGGAAACCGAGAUAUGGUCAUCAAGAUCUAG